AUGACUACUCUCAUACAAACCCGCCAGCCGCUACAAGUCUUGAGCAUUAUGAGCAACCAGCCGGAGCGCCGGCAAAGCAAGCGCCUCGCGGGUGGGACGUCGGGGAGGAAGCGCAAGGAUACAGGCGGCGCGGAUGGUACCGACCCGCCGUCGUCGUCUUCGGCAGCGGCUGCUGUGUAUGACGAGCAGGAUGGAGAUUUCCUGUUUACGCGCGAGUGCAAGCGGGUCAAGACGACUCCUGCGCCCGUGCCGGAGGAGGAUGAAGAUGGCGACGAGCUUGGAGGGGGGGAAUUCGCGCCCGCGCCGGUGCCAGUGAAGAGGGGAGUUGGGCGACCACCAAAGGCAGCGCGCGGACGAGUGACAGGGACAGCGACCGGACCGCGGCGUGUGGCGACUUCAUCCCCUGCUGCUGCGACACCAACACCUCCAUUACCCGUGCAGUCUGCUGCGACGGGGAGGGGGAGAGCGGCGGCUGUGGUGGUGCCGCCUUCGUCGACGGCGAGGAGGAAGCCGUCGAAGAGGAAACAGAGUUUGGAUGAGCCGCCGCCGCAGGUGGAAGAGCAGGAGGAAGAGGAGGAGGAGGCGGAACUGGUGGUGCCGAAAUCGAGGACAAGACGGAAAGCGCAGGCGCCGGUUGAGAAGAAGGCUCAGGGGCGGGGGAGACCUGGGAGGGCAUCGCAGGUAAAUGGGACUGGGACUGGGGCGAGCCGGAGGACAGAAGCGGAAGAGGAAGAAGACGAACAAAAACAACAACAUCAACCGCCAUAUCACCACCCCCGCAAACAAGCCACGCCCGGAUCCGCAGCCCACCCACACCCCCACCCAACACAUACCCAAUCCCAAAUGAUCGCCCUCCCCUUCAGCGACACCCCCGUAAUCAACCGCAACAAAGAGUUCCGCAAAAAGGCCGCCGGCAGCGGCGCGGGGGGAGGCCGGCGCAGCAGUCUGGGGAUGCGCGGGCGACGGGCAAGCUCGCUGAUCGAUAACGGGCACAGCGCGCUGCCGCAUCGAGAGGUCGAUCCGGCCGAGUUCUACAAGUACAUCUCGGCUGAUGGGUUGAGUGAACCACGGCGAAUGAAGCAGUUGCUGAUUUGGUGUGGGGAGAGGGCGCUGAGCGCGAAACCGCCGCAUGGGAGGCCGGGGUCGAGUGCUAUUCUUGGUGCCCGCGCGAUACAAGACCAGCUGCUCAAAGACUUUGGCGCGCGGUCCGAGUUCUCGGACUGGUUUGCGCGCGAAGACGUGCCGAAGCCGCCGGUGCCUGUCGUUCUGCAGCCGAAUCCGCGGAAUGUGGAUUAUGAUGCCAAGAUUGCGGAGCUCGAGGCCCGGAUUCAGCAAUUAAAAACCCAAAAAGCCGCCUGGCAAGCCAUCGCCGCGCCUUUGCCUACAGUCCCUCCAUUAUACCCCGAUCCAUCACAACAACAACAACCCCCGGUCUCUUCUUCCGCUGCUACAUCACCAAAACAACAAACCCCCCCCCCUCUCCACUACCUCCCCCCAGACCCCACCCUCCUCUCCCCCCCCGAAUCCACCAUCCUCACCUCCCUCACAACCGCCCCAACCUCUUUCUCCCACUUCAAACGCCAAGCCCGCUCGCGUCUACAAAAUGCCCAGGCCGCUUUGGAGUUGGCAGUAGAUCGGUUAGCGGAUGGUGUGCAUAAACUUGAUGCGAGGGUUGAGACAGCGGGGAGAGAGGCGGAAGUGGUGUUGGCUUUGGGCGCGGCGAGGUUGAGGGCAAGGGAGGAGAGGGAAAGGAGAGAGGUUGGGGGGGUUGGGAGGGGGGGGGUGCUGGAGGUUUUGAGGAGUUUGGGGCGGAUUUUGCCGGAGGGGGGGUAG